AUGAACCCCCCGUCGGCAGCCGGUGAGGACAAGGGGGCUGCAGGCAGCGGCAGCUGCUGCCGAGGAGCCGAGGGCGGCGGGGACACGAGGAGCUCGGCGGCCGCCGCCGAGGAGGAGAUGGGAGUCGCCGGCCAGAAGGAAGAGUCCCUGGAAGAAAAGCUGAGGAACUUAACCUUCAGGAAGCAGGUGUCCUACAGGAAAGCAAUCUCCAGAUCAGGCCUCCAGCAUCUGGCUCCUGUGCACUCCCUCAACAUCGCAAUCUCCAAUGGGCCAGGGAAGGAGCCAAGAACAACACUAGAAUGGAGUGAGAAUGCAGUGAAUGGAGAGCACCUGUGGCUGGAGACCAAUGUCUCUGGGGACCUGUGUUACCUGGGGGAGGACAGUUGCCAAGUCAAAUUUGCAAAAUCGGCUCUCCGACGGAAGUGUGCUGCCUGCAAGAUUGUGGUCCACAAUGCGUGCAUGGAACAGUUAGAGAAGAUUAAUUUCCGGUGCAAACCAACUUUCCGAGAGGGGGGCUCCAGAUCUCCAAGAGAAAACUUUGUCCGACAUCACUGGGUGCAUAGGCGGAGGCAGGAAGGAAAGUGUAAGCAGUGUGGAAAGGGAUUUCAGCAAAAAUUCUCCUUCCACAGUAAAGAGAUUGUGGCCAUCAGUUGUUCCUGGUGCAAGCAGGCGUUUCACAACAAAGUCACCUGCUUCAUGUUACAUCACAUCGAGGAGCCGUGUUCCCUGGGGGCUCAUGCUGCUGUCAUUGUGCCUCCCACCUGGAUCAUUAAGGUGAAGAAAGCUCAGAACUCAUUAAAAACUUCAACCCGGCGGAAGAAGAGAACAUCCUUUAAAAGAAAAGCCAGCAAAAGAAGCAAUGAGGAAAACAAAGGCCGACCAUUUGUGAUAAAGCCCAUCUCUUCGCUGCUCAUGAAACCACUGCUGGUGUUUGUCAAUCCAAAAAGUGGAGGGAAUCAGGGCACUAAGGUUCUCCAGAUGUUCAUGUGGUACUUGAAUCCACGCCAAGUCUUCGAUCUCUCUCAGGAAGGGCCAAGAGAUGCACUCGAACUGUACAGAAAAGUGCCAAAUCUGCGAAUCCUGGCCUGCGGUGGGGAUGGAACGGUGGGCUGGAUCCUCUCCAUCCUGGAUGAGCUACAGCUCAGCCCCCAGCCUCCUGUUGCCGUCCUUCCCCUUGGUACUGGGAAUGACCUUGCUCGCACCCUCAACUGGGGAGGGGGUUACACGGAUGAGCCUGUCUCGAAGAUUCUCUGUCACGUAGAAGAUGGGACUAUUGUCCAGCUGGACCGCUGGAACCUCCAGGUGGAACGAAACCCCGAUUUGCCGCAGGAAGAAAUUGAGGACGGGGCACGUAAGCUUCCACUCAGUGUCUUCAAUAAUUACUUCAGCCUUGGAUUUGAUGCACAUGUCACGCUGGAAUUCCAUGAAUCCCGAGAAGCAAAUCCAGAGAAAUUCAACAGUCGCUUUCGAAAUAAAAUGUUUUAUGCUGGGGCAGCCUUUUCAGACUUCCUGCAGAGGAGUUCCAGAGAUUUAUCCAAACAUGUUAAAGUUGUGUGUGAUGGAACAGACCUGACCCCAAAGAUUCAGGAGCUGAAGUUCCAAUGUAUAGUGUUUUUAAAUAUACCCAGGUAUUGUGCUGGCACAAUGCCCUGGGGUACCCCCAGCGACCACAGAGACUUUGAACCUCAGCGCCAUGAUGAUGGUUACAUUGAGGUCAUUGGGUUCACUAUGGCCUCUCUGGCUGCUCUUCAGGUGGGAGGUCAUGGAGAAAGGUUGCAUCAGUGCCGGGAAGUGACUCUGUUAACAUACAAGUCUAUCCCCAUGCAAGUGGAUGGGGAGCCAUGUCGACUGGCUCCGUCUCUCAUUCGGAUCUCCCUAAGGAACCAGGCCAAUAUGGUGCAGAAGAGCAAGAGGAGGACAUCCAUGCCUUUACUCAAUGAUAUCCAUAAAAGGCGCUCUGCAGACCUGAGAAGAGUCUCUGCUCCCCCUGACUCCUUCACUAUUCCCCACUCCAUCCCAGACCGCCUGCGGAUCCGAGUGAACAGGAUUAGUUUACAAGAUUAUGAGGGGCUGCAUUAUGACAAGGAAAAACUGCGAGAAGCCUCCAUACCUCUGGGAAUUAUAGUUAUACGAGGAGAUUGUGACUUGGAGGCCUGUCGUAUGUACAUUGACCGGCUACAAGAGGACCUGCAGUCGGUAACUUCUACUACGCAGAGAGUUCACUACCAGGAUCAGGAAGGUUCCUUCCCACGAGUACUUUCUGUUCAGAGGCUCUCUCCUAGAUGGUGCUUCCUAGAUGCAACUUCUGCUGAUCGUUUUUACCGCAUUGACAGAUCUCAGGAACAUUUGCACUUUGUGACGGAAAUUUCUCAGGACGAGAUUUUUAUCCUGGACCCAGAGCUGGUGAUAUCACAGCAGGUGGGGACGCCGCCGGGAAUGCCUGAUCUGGUAGUGGAGCAGGCCUCUGGAAUAUCGGAUCGGUGGAACCCUGCAGUCCGAAAGCGGAUGCUGAGUGACAGUGGCCUUGGCAAAAUUUCCCCGCACUACGAGGUACCUGACAAACAAAAGGACGCCAGCCAGACACACAUGCUGCAGCCACCCGUCUCUUCAGAAGAUCAAGCACUUUUACAAGCAGUAAUAGACAGUGAUCUUCUAAAGUUCAUAGAAUGCUGUAAGAGAGGAGCUAAUCUGUUAAUCCAGGGACCUGACCACUGUUCCUUGCUUCACCAUGCUGCCAAGACUGGGCACCUUGAAAUUGUGAAAUACAUCUUAGAACAUGGUCCAUCGGAGUUACUGGAUAUGACAGACAGUGAAACGGGUGAGACAGCGUUGCACAAGGCGGCCUGCCAGCGCCAUCGUGGCAUCUGCCAGCUCUUGGUGGAUGCGGGAGCAUCUCUAAGAAAUACAGAUUCCAAGGGUCAGACACCUAGAGACAAGGCUCAGCAAGCUGGGGACUCAGAUCUGGCCUCCUACCUGGAAAGUCGUCAGAACUACCAGAUGGUUUCCCAUGAGGACCUGGAGACUGCAGUUUGA